UUUCGCAACUGUGAACAGGUCGAUAAAUUGUAGAGGGGACAAAAAGUGUACUCUAAAUUGUAUUUGGAUUUGCAACCCGAAAAAGUAUUGAAUUAUAACCGAGGUUUUAAUCACUAAGGAUGUCGGAAAGGGGCCGGAUUUUGAUUAAAGGAGGUAAGGUGGUGAAUGAGGAUCGCUCCGAGCUGGCUGAUGUGUUUAUAGAGGACGGGGUGAUCCAGGCGGUGGGAUCUGACCUGCAGGUGCAGGAGAGAGGGACUCGGGUGCUGGACGCCAGCGGGAAACUGUUGCUGCCCGGAGGAAUAGACACGCACACACAUAUGGAGCUGGAGUUUAUGGGCACUGUGGCGGUAGAUGAUUUCCGCUCGGGUACCAAGGCUGCAGUAGCCGGAGGAACCACCAUGAUCCUGGAUUUUGUCAUCCCUCGGAAAGGAACUUCUCUGCUUGAGGCGUAUGACAGAUGGAGGAGGAUCGCUGACGCAAAAGUGUGCUGUGACUAUUCCCUCCACGUCGCUGUUACCUGGUGGGAUGAUAGCGUGAAGCAAGAAAUGGAGACUCUUGUUCGCGAGAGAGGAGUAAACUCCUUCAAGACGUUCAUGGCGUAUAAAGACGUGUUCAUGCUGCGCGACGACGAGCUCUACGCAGUUUUCUCUCACUGUAAAGACAUUGGAGCCAUCGCACAAGUCCACGCUGAGAACGGAGAUCUGAUUGCAGAGGGGACCAAGAGAAUGCUAUCUCUGGGAAUCACAGGACCUGAAGGCCAUGAACUCUGUCGCCCCGAGGAGGUGGAAUCGGAGGCCACUCAGCGUGCCAUCACCAUCGCCCACACUGCCAACUGCCCUCUGUAUGUGGUGCACGUCAUGAGCAAAUCAGCCGCUAAAGUGGUGGCUGCUGCCCGCAGAAACGGGCGAGUGGUGUUUGGCGAGCCCAUAGCUGCUGGCCUGGGUACUGAUGGCACUCAUUACUGGCACAAGGACUGGGAACAUGCAGCCAGCUUCGUUAUGGGACCCCCACUAAGACCAGACCCCGGUACACCCAGCUACCUCAUGGACCUGCUUGCUAAUGAUGAUCUGACUGUGACCGGGACUGACCACUGCACGUUCUCCGUAUGCCAGAAAGCCCUGGGAAAAGACGACUUCACUAAAAUCCCUAACGGUGUUAAUGGCGUGGAAGAUCGCAUGUCGGUCAUCUGGGAGAAAGGAGUGCAUAUCGGCAAAAUGGAUGAAAAUCGAUUUGUGGCGGUCACCAGCAGCAACGCAGCCAAAAUCUUCAACCUUUAUCCACAGAAAGGAAGGAUUGCCAAAGGUUCCGAUGCAGACCUGGUUAUUUGGGACCCUAAGGCUACAAGGGUCAUUUCAGCUAAGACCCAUCACCAGGCGGUGGAUUAUAACAUCUUCGAGGGGAUAGAGUGCCACGGUGUUCCUCUGGUGACCAUCUCCGGAGGCAGAGUGGUGUAUGAAAAUGGCCGUGUGUUGGCUAAACCUGGGACGGGAAGAUUUAUUCCCCGAAAGCCCUUCUCCGACUUUGUGUACAAGAGAAUAAACCAAAGGGACCAGGUCGGGAAACCCAGCGCAGUGACCAGGAUGCCGUAUGAAGGAGAAAUCCGAGCUUAAAGAAAAACACAGAGCAAACUUGCAAUGUUAUUAAUUAUCCUUGAUUUCUUUUAGGAUUUUAAAGUUGGUACACAGUACUGUGCAAAAGUCUUAGGUUACUAAAUGACACACUAUACACUUAUAUAAUAAUAAUAUGCCUUUAUUUGUCACAUAUACAUUACAGCACAUUGAAAUUCUUUUCUUCGCAUAUCCCAUCCUUGGAGGUUGGGGUCAGAGAUGAUACAGUGCCCCUGGAGCAGAGAGGGUUAAGGGCCUUGCUCAAGAGCCCAAACGCAGCAACUUGGCAGUGCUGGGGCUUGAAUCCCUGAUCUUCCAGUCAAUGACCCAGAGCUUUAACCACUUGAGCCACCACUGCCCUCAAUAUUCAAUACAUCCUAUUUAGAAUGCAUGACUGAAUCUGUGUACAUCAUUUUCCCAAAGAUAUAGUGUGAGAAAUCAAAUUCUUUUUAGAUUUGUUUGCCUUCAUCAGUCUAUUUUCAGCAGAUCCCCUACAGCACCGGCUGAAAUACACACACACACAUACAUACACACACAAACACACACAAACACUAUGAAUCACUGCCAUGAUUCAGAGAAACCUACAGACACGCAUCACUGUGUUUACUGGCUCCUGAACAAAACGUCUCAAAAAUUGGACCCAUUGCUUCAUAAGACUUUCUGCCACUGGCUGUUGCAGGUGAUUUAUAGUUUCAUACUUUGUCUUUAUGUUUAAAAAAAAAUGUUGCUUUGCUGCAACACACGCAAUAACAGUAUUCCUCAUUGAUUUCGGUGCCAAGUGGCUGUGCCAGAUACUGAGCAAGCGUUUGACUAUAUUUCUUCUUGUCCCUUUGGGAAACGGCCUCUCUGUAGACGCAGAAAGUUUUGGCUUCUCUGCUGCAUUUUCUGUCUUCAGCUUGGUCAGUGUCUUCGGAUAUAUUUUAGUGAUCAUGUGGAGCAGGCUAAUGUGCCUUAUGGUGUUCAUCUGGUGUUCUAAUUCUAAUAUUUUCUUUUAUUUUUAGAUUGAAUAAAUGUUGAUUAGAACAUACUUCAGUUUCUAAAAAUUGCUGUCACAAUGGAAAGGCUUAGAUGAAUAUAGGUGCAGUUAAUGAAGUUUUAAACUGUGUGUGUGUGUGUGUGUGUGUGCGAUGAGAGCACCGGACACGGAUGAUUGUAGUUCUUGGAGGCCAUGUUUGUAGACUGUGGUGUGUUCUGGGAAUUGGAGUUCAAAGACGGCAUUGACCUGAUCAUUACCUUUAUAAAUAUUCAAUACAAUUGAGCCAUACAUUGUUGAGUGGCCUCUGACUUUUGCACAGUUCUGUCUCAUAAUAUUGAAAAAAUAAUUUUUACAACUAUCGAAACCUUAUCUUUAAUAGGAAAGCCUAUAUAGUAUAAGUAUAAACGCUUGUUAAAACGUGCCUUCAUUUUAGCAAAGAAAUAGAGAGACUUGAAAGUUAGCGUUUUGCAGGACAGUACAGAUUGACUGAGUUUUUGUUCCUGACCUACUUUCAAGUUCGAGAGCUGAAUACGGUUCUACAUGGCAAAUUGAAAAUGUGAAAACGCUCGAGCCUCGGAAAGAAAUGAAAGUGGGUCACGAUAUUCAAGUGUAGCCUGAUCAAGUGGUUUGGAAAUGUCGAUAGAGGAUGGAAUUUGUGGACAUAUUAAAAUUCUUGGUAAACUUGGACGACUGAGAAUUUUGAUUCUCUCCUGACAGCAGAUUUAGUAGCGAUGCUCAAGGGAUCGUGUUUGUGCAUAUAUCACUAAUAUAAAUGGAUAUUUACUUGUCUUAUAAAUGAGGCACAAUUCAAUCCAAGCCCAUGUAUGAGCUUUAGGAGUCAUGGGAGUCAUCAGUUUCGGGAUUUAACCUUACAAACUUUUAUUCACAAGCACAGAACCUUAACCGCUAAACUACCACAUUUUCAGCGUGAAGAUCUUUUAGCUUUUACCUCUUGGGAAGUGAACACUUUUUUCCAUCCAUACUUCAUUCGGAAAUGAAAUAAUAUUUUGUAAUGGAAUGCAAUAUUUUGGUAAUAA